ACGAGUGAUCUCAACUAUCACAAACCGCAAGUUUGGCCCCAAUGUUCAGCUCUUCGAGGCAGUCAUCUCCUCAUUCUUAUGUUGGCUACUCGAAAUAACUGGCGGCACAGAGGCACGCUUGUGGAUAGGAUGCUAGACAAUAUGUGCAAAUGAUACAUCAUUAGUGCACUUUUCGAGAAUAUAGACCAUGCACUUGGCUGUUGGCGAGAGAAGCACUCCCGUUUAAAACAAGAUUUGCACCAAAUUUGAUGAUCUUUGAUGCCUUCAGGGCUGAAGCAAAAAGGGAAAGCAGAGGGCGAGAAAAGGAGGGAUUAUCAUCUUUCUUGAACUUGAAGACUCUUUUAUCACAAGAUGACUGAUUCUUUAAACCAGUACACAAUUGAAGUUUUUCAGAUUCCUUCAACUUUUCAUUCCUUUUCCGGGAAAUUCAAAAUCAACCAGUCUCUUAAAAUCCCUUGUUUGUUCUUCCACUCCUUCCAAACUCACUUUCCAUGAAAAUUUUCCAGUAAAAUAUGGCGCCCUUCUUUGUUUUAAUAUUAACACUCUUCUCACUUGUGGGUACUUGUUUUUCUUCCUCUCUCAUUUCUGAUUUUCAUGCUCUGAUUUCGCUCAAACAAGGGUUUCGAUUCGAGUCUAAUCCGGCCAUAAGUUCUUGGAAUUCUUCUAAUCCAACCUCAAUCUGUUCAUGGGCUGGAAUCAAAUGCUUCCAAGGACGAGUAAUCUCGCUUAAUGUAUCGAACUUGGCUCUUUAUGGCUCUGUUUCGCCUGAAAUUUCCAGGCUUGAAAGCCUAAUGGAGCUUUUCAUUGAUGGGAACAAUUUCACUGGUGAAAUUAAUAUUGAAAAUAUGGGAAAUCUUCAGUUUCUUAACAUUUCGAACAACCAGUUUAGUGGAAACCUGGAUUGGAAUUACUCUAGUCUGGCCAAUUUGGAGGUGUUUGAUGCAUAUAACAACAACUUUUCUGCUUUGCUUCCUGUGGGAAUACUGGAUUUGAAGAAUCUCAAGCACCUGGACUUGGGAGGAAAUUACUUCUUUGGAGAAAUCCCGGUGAAUUAUGGGAAUAUGAUUGGAUUAGAAUACUUGUACCUGGCUGGAAAUGAUCUUCAGGGAAAAAUUCCUCCAGAAUUGGGCAAUCUAACUAACUUAAGGGAGAUUUACUUGGGCUAUUACAAUGUUUUUAAGGGUGGAAUUCCAAGGGAAUUUGGCAAGCUGGUGAAUCUUGUUCAUAUGGAUCUUUCAAGAUGUGAAUUGGAUGGUUCAAUCCCUCCUGAAUUGGGGAAUUUGAAGUCACUGGACACAAUUUUUCUGCAUUGGAAUAGACUAUCCGGUUUAAUCCCCAAGGAAUUAGGCAACUUAACAUGCCUGGUAAAUCUUGAUCUUUCUCUUAAUGCACUCACUGGUGAAAUCCCAUAUGAGAUGAUCAAUCUCAAACGACUCAGGCUUUUAAAUCUGUUCUUGAACAAAUUACAUGGGUCGAUACCAGAUUUUGUUGCUGAAUAUCCUCAAUUGGAAGUUCUUGAGCUCUGGACGAACAAUUUCACAGGCACUAUCCCGGCAAAUCUUGGCCUAAAUCAGAAUCUGCAGGACUUGGAUUUGUCUUCGAACAAGCUCACUGGUACCAUUCCUAAAGGCGUUUGUGCCUCAAAACAGCUUAGAGCACUAAUUCUGUAUCAAAAUUUUCUUUUUGGUUCAAUACCAGAGGACUUGGGCACAUGUUCAAGUCUUGUUAGGGUGAGGCUGGGGCAAAACUACUUGAACGGUAGCAUUCCAAAUGGGUUCAUUUACUUGCCGGAGCUAAACUUUAUUGAAUUGCAGAACAAUAUGUUGUCGGGGACCUUGUCUGAACGUGCUAAUUCUUCGUCGAAACCAACUAAACUAGGUCAAAUGAAUCUGUCCAACAAUCAACUUUCAGGAUUUUUGCCAUUUUCUCUUUCAAAUCUGUCUUCCCUUCAAAUCCUUUUGCUUAGUGGAAACAAUUUCUCUGGUCCAAUCCCGCCUUCUAUCGGUGAACUUCACCAAGCUCUAAAGCUUGAUCUUAGCAGAAAUUUUCUUGCUGGCAGAAUCCCACCUGAAAUUGGUAAUUGUGUUCAUCUGAUUUAUUUGGACUUGAGCCAGAACAGUCUAUCCGGCUCAAUUCCACCAGAAAUAUGCGAUAUUCGAAUCCUGAAUUAUUUGAACCUAUCGAGAAACCACUUGAAUGAUACCAUUCCGAAUUCAGUCGGUUCAAUGAAGAGUCUAACAACAGCUGAUUUUUCGUUCAAUGAUCUCUCCGGUAAGCUACCUGAAUCGGGCGAAUUUUCAGUCUUCAAUGCAUCUUCCUUCGCGGGCAAUCCUCGACUCUGUGGAUCCUUAUUACACAAUCCUUGCAAUGUCACAGCACUCACUAGUAAACCGGGAAAGUCCCACGGUGCAUUCAAGCUAAUAUUCUCCCUUGGGCUUCUAAUGUGUUCUGUAGUCUUCACAGCUGCAGCUAUAAUCAAGGCUAAGUCAUUCAAGAAAAAUGCCUCUGAAUCUUGGAAAAUGAGCGCAUUCCAAAAGCUCGACUUCACAGUUUCCGAUGUCCUUGAAUGCGUAAAAGAUGGCAACAUGAUCGGUCGAGGCGGUGGUGGAAUCGUCUUCCACGGCAAAAUGCCCAACGGAGUCGAAGUCGCAGUCAAAAAACUCUUAGGAUUUAACGGCAUUAAGAGUCAUGAUCAUGGAUUUCGAGCUGAAAUUCGAACACUAGGAAACAUUCGACACAGAAACAUUGUAAGACUCCUCGCAUUCUGUUCCAGCAAGGACACAAACCUUCUUGUGUACGAAUACAUGAGAAAUGGAAGCUUAGGAGAGGCAUUGCAUGGGAAAAAAGGUGGAUUCUUAAGCUGGAAUAUUAGGUACAAGAUUGCAUUGGAUGCUGCAAAGGGAUUGUGCUAUUUACAUCAUGAUUGCUCCCCAUUGAUCCUGCACAGAGAUGUCAAAUCCAAUAAUAUUUUGUUGGAUUCCAGUUUUGAAGCUCAUGUUGCAGAUUUUGGGCUUGCGAAGUUCCUGGUGGACGAGGGAGCCUCCCAGUGCAUGUCAGCAAUUGCAGGGUCUUAUGGCUACAUUGCACCAGAAUAUGCAUACACGUUGAAAGUUGAUGAAAAGAGCGACGUUUAUAGCUUUGGAAUAGUCCUUCUAGAGCUCAUAACGGGGAGACGUCCUGUGGGCGAAUUUGGAGAAGGCGUGGAUAUCGUAAGUUGGAUCAAACAAGCAACAAAUUGUCGAAGAGAACAAGUUACCGAUAUCAUCGAUUCAAGGUUAACCGCAGUGCCUCGUGAAGAAGCCAUGCAUUUAUUUUUCAUUGCAAUGCUUUGUAUUCAAGAAAAUAGUGUUGAAAGGCCAGCAAUGAGAGAGGUGGUUCAAAUACUUUCAGAAUUUCCCCGUUCGCCAGAAUUUCAAUCCUCGUCUUCCAUCGUCUAUCAGCAAUCGAAGAAGAAACCCUGAGAAAUUAAAUGAGAAUAUGUGCCGUAAAAGUUAUUUCUUGGUUUGAAAUAAUUUUUCUUUAAUAUAUAUAUGUUUAUCCAGUGAUGUUUUAACACUUGUUGCAAGCUUUCCUUUUGUUUUAGAUUUUGGAAUUAUUUUCUUUUUUUUUUUUUUCAGGAAUAUUAUGAGAUUUUGUGACCUAACAGAAGUUAGGAAAAUAACUCUUGUAAGCAAUUAUUGCAAAAUUGCAUUAAAGUUUUCCUUAAAAGCUUGGCGUUCUCUUUGCGU